AUGAAAAGGCGUACUGGUGGCGAGAUAUUCCCAAAUCUUGCUAUCUAUUUGGAGGAGAUAAAGUACUAUCUCGCUGAUGUGCUCAAUGAUGAUUGGCAAAGGCUGCUCAAGCUGGCGGCAGGCAAUGCGGGAAGCAAUGCCGAACCUCUGAUCUUAGCGCCGGAGAAAUCGGAGAAAGUGCUGGAGCCAGACAUUGAGGAUGCUAUUAGGUCUAUGCAGAGCAACCACAUACUUUUCUCACGCAAAAGCAAAAGUCCGCUGAUGCUUAUCGUUGAGAAGCCAACAGAGAUGCAGCGCAAGCUCAUGUACCAGGUGGAACGUCUACAGUUUCUUUGUAAAGGAAGGGCGACAGUGUUUCCAUACCCUCAGCUUACGCAGCAGCUGAGAUGGCGGCUUCAACACGAGGGUCACACGAGGUUGGGAGCAAGGGAGCUGCGCAACUUGGUGUCGCCGUAUUAUGAUUUUGUGUUGGAGACUGAGCCGCAGUGGUUUCACCAGAUCCGGCAAGUGGAGAAUGGGCUGGAGAUGGUGUCGCCGUUCUACAACGAUUACACUGUCACACAAAAAGUGCCAUACGCAAUGCGCUCCAUCGAGGAAGCUGGAGGCAUGUUCCGCCUUGCUCGAUGUGCCGCUGUGGUGAUGCUCUUCUCCGAUGAACGAGGCGAUUUUGUUUGGCUCGUGUGGGAAGCUAAAAUCGCGCCGACGCCACGUUCUCGCGCACGAAGCACGCCACGAACAUGGUGCGAAACGCAUGGUAUUCGCGGGGCGAAAGACCUAUGCGGCAAACGCGGCAUUGGUGAGAAGAACGACGGAGGCCAAUGGGGUUUCCCAGCUGGUCAUGUGAUACGCAAAGUGGAUGGAGACUUGUUGGGCACAGCACAAAGAGAAUGGAACGAAGAGGUGCUGGGAUUUGAGUUCGAAGCAAGCAGGGAUUUUCGCGUACAACCUGUCGUGCUGCCCUUCCUUGCGAGUGACAGCAGGCAGUACCCUGUGCAAACAUACGUAUAUGCAAAGGCCACAUCCCAGUUCUUUGAAUCCACUCUUGCUGGACGAGAUCGCUUCCAGUUCGAACUGCCCCCAAAUUCCAUCCGGAGCUCAAGCCAGCCAAGCAAUCAAGAUUACCGCAGAUUGAACACUGAUCCCACGUCGGUCUUUGUGGAGCAUGAGUGGGGAGCUUGGGCCCAGAUCAAGGCAGAUGGCUGGGAAGUCCCCGAAGGGCAAGGACCUCUUGGAAGUACGGUUGAUUGGGAGAACAGCCAGGCACUUAAGACGCACUGGCCACACAUCAAAGAGUAUGUGUUGAGCCAACCACUUGUGUUGCAGACUACUGAGAGUAAGAAAAGAAGAGUAGAAACAGAGGAUCUGCAAAUCGACGCUCUCAACGAGGAGCUCGUGCCAGCAAUCGCGGAAGAGGACAUCUCCAAGCUGGACCAAAUCUGCAGCUCUGUCUCACCGAUGGUCCUCGACUGCUGGCGCCUUGUAGAUGGUCAAGCUGCCCCGCUACUGCAGCAGGGCGCCACCUGGGCUGGCGGCACGAUGCCAGUGUUGAGUGAUCGUGAUGACUGGUCCCGCGGGCUCUUUGGCGGGUACCAGACUUACCACCACACGGUCUCCGACAUCUUCCUGCCGUUGUCUGCGGCGAUCAAGAUCACGUUAAAGCUGCGCGAAGAGCUCUCCCGAGUACCGAGCUUCGAGAAACCUGGCCUACUGGACAACAAGCUGAUCUUUGCGACAUCCUUCAACCUCAUCAAGUUCCUCUACGUCGAUCUGUCGACCGGCGAGGUCUUCAUCUUCACCCGGAAGCCCUGGGCCCCUUUUGAGGCGGCGGUGCCCUCGGAUGCCAAGAAAUGCGAUGGCUUUGCCAGGUGGUUCGAGGAGUACGUACGGCGACUGGAAAGCAAGUGGUAUGUGAUGGACUUCAUCUCACCGCAGGUGGGUCCCGAUCUUAGUGAAGCCUUUCAGUGA